UUAUUGGGCUGAGUAACUGGGCUAUUAUUGGGGUGAGUAACUGGGCUAUUAUUGGGCUGAGUAACUGGGCUAUUAUUGGGCUGAAUAAUUGGGCUAUUGUUGGGCUAUGGGUUGGUUAUUGGGCGGGUCGUUGGGCUAUUGGGCUAUUAUUGGGGUUGGUAACCUGGUCAGUGAGUUACUGUCAUUAACUUCCGGUUUGAGGGGAAUUUAUGCACUUCCGGAAGCCACCGGAACCGGAAAUAGAAGCCGUGAAGCUGGUGGAGACGCUCUUGCUGUCUGAGGUGAUGGAACACGAGGCUGAUCAUAGCACAAUGUCCGACACAGCCGGAGCCUCCUGUACAGUGACCGAGACUGUAGCCAGUCAGCCUGACACUGAAACCCGCAGUAUUACGCUGCGUCUGAGGAAAAGGAAAACGGACAAGAAGGUGGAGUGGAGCAGCGACACUGUGGACAACGAGAACCUCGGCCGUCGCUCGUCCAAGUGCUGCUGUGUGUAUAACAAGGCCCGUGUGUUUGGCGAGAGCUCCUCAGAGAGUGAGGACGACGAUGAUGAAGAUGACGAUGGCUGUGGAAACGCACAUUGUAUCCGGGGGCACAAGAAGCCUUCGGGAGGAGGGGCGGAGCUCAGCCCUGAGCCCCGCCCCCAACACUGAGGGGGCGUGGUCAGCCCAGGGCACUGAUGGGCUCAGGGGCGGAGCUUGGACCAUAGCCCCGCCCAUGACACAGAGGUAUUGGUAUGCCCCGCCCCCUCCCC